CUGAGUCAGAGCAAGUCAAGGCCCAGGCAUGUCCCGGCAGAACUACGACUGUAUCGUUAUUGGAGCCGGAGUGCAGGGCUGUUUCACGGCCUACCACAUGGCCAAAAACAAGCAGAGCACCCUCCUCCUGGACCAGUUUCUCCUGCCCCACUCCAGGGGCAGUUCCCACGGGCAGACGCGGAUCAUUCGGAAGGCGUACGAGCAGGACUUCUACACCCACAUGAUGGAAGAGUGCUAUACACUCUGGGCUCAGCUGGAGAGAGAGGCUGGCGUCUCCCUGUUCAGGCGGACAGGUAUCCUGGUGAAAGGUCCGGCAGAGGACCAGGACUUUCAGCUGUUCAGAGACACGGUGCAGAGGAACGCCGUUCCCACCGAGGAACUGACCCCGGAUCAGUUCAGCCGCAGACUGCCUCAGGUGACUCUGCGCAGCGGAGAGGGAACUUUCAUAGACACCACGGCUGGAGUGCUGUACGCUGACCGAGCCCUGCGUGCAGCCCAGGGCGUUUUCCAAAGUCUGGGGGGUGUGAUUCAAGAUGGAGAGAAAGUGUUGAAUAUUCAACCCGGCUCCACUGUAACCGUGACAACUGCAUGUGGAGUGUACAAAGCCAAGACCUUGGUCAUCACUGCAGGACCCUGGGCUAACACACUCUUAUCCCACACCGAUUUACAGCUCCCACUGGAGGUGGUGAAGAUUAAUGUGUGUUACUGGAAGGAGAGGGUUCCAGGCACCUAUGGCAUCGAAACCCAUUUCCCCUGCUUCGUCCAGACCGGCGCCGCCCAAUACCAAAUAUACGGCCUGCCAUCCAAUGAGUACCCAGGCCUUGUGAAGAUCUGCUAUCAUAUGGGCAGUAAGACAGAGCCCGACGAGAGAGACAGACAGAAGGACCAGACAGACGUCCACGUCCUUUCUCACUUUGUGUCUGACUACCUCCCUGGCCUGGAACCGGAGCCUGCUGUGGUGGAAACCUGCAUGUACACGGUGACACCUGAUCAUCAUUUUGUACUGGAUUACCAUCCGAUCCACAGGAACAUCGUCAUUGGAGCGGGAUUCUCGGGUCAUGGUUUCAAGUUUGGACCAGUUGUUGGGAAGAUACUCUGUGAACUUAGCCUGGGUCAGAUACCCUCCUAUGACCUUUCACCUUUCAAAAUCCAGCGUUUUCACAAGAAUUUGAGAUCUUCUUUAUAGAGGGAGCCUAAUAUAUAAAAUCCCUCUCUGUCGGCAGCCGUUAUGAAAAUUUAUGGACUUUCACAACAUUCGACCACUGCUGCUCCGGAUAGCAGUCUGCGUAGCCCCACUCUGUGCCUAAACUUACUCCAGAGAUGUGUGACCACUGACCUAGGUGAUGCUAGCCAUAAGACACUCUGGUUAAGAGUUUCAACUGAAUGAAUUACUCAAAAUUUAAAUCACUGUACCUCUGUAAGUGGUUAAUACAUUAAUACGUGGUAAUGAGGGACAUGAGUCUUCUGUGGUUAGCAGUGAAAAAUUUUAGUAAUGAUGUUGCCAAGUGGCUGGAAAGGACACGGAUUUACUGAGAGCUGUGUGAACAGUGGAAAAACACUCUCAAACAGCACUUU